AUGCGUCAGCUGUCAUCCUUUCUCUUUUCCUUAUUUACCCUUGUGUCCUUAAAAGGAGCACUGGCUUCUCUGGACGCCUUCCCAAAAAUUAACCUGGAAUAUGCUGUCCAUGCUGCAACCUACACCAAUUCCUCUCCGUCAGGGUUGGAGGUCGCAACCUACGCAAAUAUCCGUUAUGCGCAACCACCAAUUGGUAAUCUACGUUUUCGGAACGCAAAGACUCCUCCGCCGCAUCACGAUGGCAUCCUCAAUGGGAGGGAAUAUCCCGUGACCGACUGCGUCAGCAGUGUUCCAGCCAUGGUCCCAUUCCCUCCGUUAAAUGGCACACACUGGGGCCAAGAGGACUGCCUUUUCCUGAACGUCCUAGUCCCUGAAGGGGUCAAGGAGGGAGACAAAGUGCCGGUCCUUCAUUGGCUCCAUGGUGGUGCAUUUACUUUCGGUAGCAAAGAUAACAAAGGAGCAUUCCCAGCUGGAGAGAAGGAUAUGACAUACACCAGCCCGCCGUACAUGGGGCUGUUCAACCAAAUUAACAGCCACGAUGAGAAAUUCAUUCUCGUAGCGAGUAAUUACCGCCUGGGCGUGUAUGGAUGGGUCUCGUCCCCGUUUGAGAAAGACUUGGAUUCCAAUAUCGGUCUCCAUGACAGCAGGACGUCGUUGGAGUGGACUAAGAAAUACAUCUCUCGGUUUGGAGGGGAUCCUGAUCGGAUUACAGCCAUGGGGGAGAGCGCAGGUGCAACGCUGGUAACGCUCCUCCUGACUGGCGACGGGGGGGCUGGCGAAUUGCCCUUUUCACAAGCGAUUAUAUCCUCUCCUACGCUCAUGCCCCGCAGAAAUGUGACAGCUCGGAGACAGAGUCUGUACGAUUAUGUGCUUCACCAAGCGAACUGCUCCUCGCCUGCAUGUCUGCGAAAUCUCUCGCCUGCCUCUCUCGCCAAUGUCAACAACCAUAUCAUCAGCGACGUACCCACCGAGUCAGGUGGAGGGUCAUUUGGCCCCGGUAUUGGCUUGUCCCCGGUUGUGGAUGGAGCCUAUAUCCCCGACACAGCUACUAUCCUCUUUUCACAAGGUCGAUUUCACAAGUCAGUUCGAGGGGUGAUGGUCGCCAACAUGGAAAAUGAAGGAAUGGGUAUUGGCUCAGACGCAAACAUGCCGGCAGCAUUUCCCAACUUGGCUCGGAAAGUAUUCACUACUGCCGAUAAUAAGACUCUGGGUCACAUCCAGUCCCUCUUUCCCUAUCCGCCUUCAACGCCACAGAAGCUGGGCUGGGAUUGGCUGACCUCCGUCGCUUAUGCUUGUCUUGCGAAAGGCACGGCGGAGGCAUAUGGCGAGCGCGCCUUCCGCUAUGUGAUGACCAUUCCCCCGGCUACUCAUGGACAGGAUCUAUCAUAUCUAUUCUACGGCACUGAAAAGUCUCCAGCUGUUGCCAAUGCAACAAUCGCCCGCACUCUAGAACACUACGUCCUUAACUUCCUUCACCACGGGGGCCGGGAUCAUGGCGCUCUGCCUGGGCGUCCGGGUCUACCAGAUUGGAAAUCUUAUGGAAAAGGAGCAAACACGAUGAAUAUCUCGGAGGCUACAUUCGAGAUGGUUCCGGAUCCUUGGCAGGUGAAUGGGGUAUGUGCUGAAUUGCUGAAGGUUGUGGAAGAUCCGAAGAAUGGAGCUUGA